AUGGUACGUCAACCAAAAACUAAUCUAGAAAUUAAUGAAGGCAAUUCUCAGUCUCUUAAUCUUAAUCCAUCAGGAUCCGGUAAAGAUGAUAAGAAUAAAGAUGAAAAGGAUAAAGAUAAAAAGAAAAAAUGGGAACCACCACUUCCUACACGUGUUGGCAAGAGAAAGAGAAGAGGGCUUGAUGCCAUUUCAAAACUACCAGCUGUAUUUCCUACAACGAGAUGUCAUCUCAAAUUGUUGAAGAUGGAACGUAUAAAAGAUUAUUUAUUGAUGGAAGAAGAAUUUGUCCAAAACCAAGAAAGAUUAAAACCGCAAGAAGAAAAGGCACAAGAAGAAAGGAUAAGGGUUGAUGAUUUGCGUGGAUCACCAAUGGGAGUUGGUACAUUGGAAGAAAUCAUAGAUGAUGAUCAUGCAAUAGUCUCCUCUUCUACAGGUCCAGAGUAUUAUGUCAACAUAUUAUCAUUUGUUGAUAAAGAUUCAUUAGAACCGGGUUGUUCGAUUCUUUUGCAUCACAGGGCCAUGUCUGUUGUUGGAGUUCUUCAGGAUGAUACAGAUCCAAUGGUCAGUGUGAUGAAACUUGAAAAAGCACCCACUGAGUCAUAUGCUGAUAUUGGUGGGUUAGAGCAACAAAUCCAAGAGAUUAAGGAAUCAGUAGAAUUGCCCUUAACGCAUCCGGAAUUAUACGAAGAAAUGGGAAUAAAACCUCCAAAAGGAGUUAUUUUAUAUGGAGUUCCAGGAACCGGCAAAACACUUUUAGCAAAAGCUGUAGCAAAUCAAACAUCAGCUACAUUCUUACGUGUUGUUGGGUCAGAGUUGAUUCAGAAGUAUCUCGGAGAUGGACCUAAACUUGUGCGCGAAUUGUUUCGUGUUGCAGAAGAACAUGCGCCGUCAAUAGUUUUUAUUGACGAGAUAGAUGCUAUUGGAACAAAACGAGAAAUUCAAAGAACUAUGUUGGAAUUAUUAAAUCAAUUGGAUGGGUUUGAUUCUAGAGGAGAUGUUAAGGUCGUCAUGGCAACAAAUCGUAUAGAAUCACUUGAUCCUGCUUUGAUUCGUCCAGGACGUAUUGAUC